AGCUCAGAUCAGUCACUGCCUGUUUCUGCAGGAGAACUAACACAGAGUCUCAUCAAGACCAGAGACGCCUCAAGACCAGAGACUCGUCAAGACCAGAGACUCGUCAAACUCAGAGUCCUCAGACCCGCUGAGUGAAGGACGCCACCAUGCCGAAGAAUUCCCACAAGUCCAAGUUUUUCGCGUCUGUCUUCAUUGUUCUGGUCAUCUCCAUCAUCACCGCCAUCAUCACAAUGGUCAUUUUUUACCAAAUCCAGACCUCAACCAUGAACCCGACGCCCCGUCCAACCUUCCCACCAAGCACCACAGUGCCACCGCUCGCCACGCGGCUGCCAAGGAGCAUCAUACCCGAGCGUUACCAGGUCUCCCUCAAAACAUACUUCUACAACCAAAUCAUGGAGCCGGAGAACGUCACUGCUUCCAACCAGACGAUGUUCUUCACGGGAAACUCCACCGUUUACUUUGAAUGUGUCCAGGCUACCAGCACCGUCCACCUGCACAUCCGCGAGCUGACAGUGUGGGGCGCUGUGGUGAAGAAUAUAAACACCAAGGAGACCAUCGAGUGCAGCACAAGUUAUGAUGAAGAGCUGAGUGAGUUUCUGGAGAUCCAGCUGAGUGAGGAGUUAAAGGUGGGAGAAAACUACAGUUUGUCUCUGAAGUUUGAAGGCGUCAUGUCGCCAUAUCUGGAAGGCUUUUACCUGAGCAUGUACAACCACGGAGGUGCCGCCCACCACAGGGAUUCCAACACUGAAAGAUUCAUCGCCGCCACCCAAAUGGAGCCGACGUUUGCCCGGCACGUGUUCCCUUGUCUGGAUGAACCGGACCUGAAGGCUGUGUUUGAAGUGACCAUCAUCCACAGAAAAGACACCAUGGCUCUGGGAAACAACAGAAUGAAGACAGAUUUCAUAGAUGAAGAGUGGAAAUACACGAUCUUUGAAACCACGCCCAGGAUGUCCACAUACCUGUUUGCCUUCGUCGUGUCCGACUUUACGGCCACUGAAUCUUCACAUGACUCUGUCACAAUAAGAACGUUUGCUCGUCCCGAGGCUACGGCAGCGGGACACACCCACUACGCCGCCAACAUCACAGGAAAGAUUCUCUCCUUCUACGAGGAAUAUUUUGAGAUCGGUUACUCUUUACCAAAGCUGGACCAGGUGGCCCUGCCAGACUUAGAUCCUGCUGGGAUGGAGAACUGGGGACUGGUGACGUAUCAGGAAGGAGAGGUGCUCUACGAGGAAGGCGUGUCCUCACUGUUGCUCAAGGAAAAUAUCGCCGACAUCAUCGCACAUGAACUGGCUCAUCAGUGGUUUGGAAAUCUGGUGACAAUGAAAUGGUGGAAUGAACUUUGGCUGAAGGAGGGAUUUUCUACCUACAUAUCCAACUUAGCGGUGGAUCACGUGGAACCUUCCUUCAGAGCAAUCGAGAUGAACCUCAUCCAUGACUUUGAAGCGGCGUUCAUGGCGGACGCUCUGGCCUCGUCUCGUCCUCUCGUCCCUCCUCAGGACCAGGUCCAGACUGCAGAUGAGAUCCAGCAGAUGUUUGAUGUAAUCACCUACAAAAAGGGGGCACUGGUGCUGAGAAUGCUCUCUAACAUCGUGGGAGAAAUUGAUUUCAAAAAAGGGGUCAACAUGUACCUGAAAGACUUUAAGUACAAAAGCGCCGACCAGAACGACCUGUGGAGAACCAUCCAACAGGUGUUGCCUAAGAACACUGACAUUGAUGUUGCUAUGGUGAUGGACUCAUGGACCAAACAAAGUGGUUUUCCUGUCAUCACCAUCGACACCACCACUGGAGAAUUUUACCAGAAGCGCUUCCUCUACAAUGACUCCUCCCAAUCCAAUGUUUGGUGGUCUGUCCCCAUCACGUCCAUGUCCAAUUCCUCUGUGUUUCGUCCUUUUUUGUUGGAGACCAGUGCCAAAGUGAGAGAAGAAGAAUUCAUUUCCAAGAACGGAGAGUGGAUCCUGGCCAACAUCAACUGCACGGGAUUCUACAGAGUUAAUUACAACCUGGAGAACUGGGACUUCCUCCUGACUCAGCUGGAAACUGAGCCACAACGGAUCCCACUGAUGAACAGAUGGCAGCUUGUCGAUGACGCCUUUAACUUGGCGAGGGCUAAACUUGUUAACGUGACUCUGGCUCUGAAUUCUACGCGUUUCCUGCGUAACGAGACAUCGCUUCUUCCCUGGAAGACGGCCAUGAGCAACUUGGACUACUUUGUCCACAUGUUUGACCGUUCUGAGGUGUACGGACCCAUGCAGGCGUACCUCCGUCAACAGGUCAAAGGCCUGUACAACUUCUUCAGAAACUACACCGACCACUCGCGGGUUCCUGAAGACCAUUCGUUACAACAUCUCCAGAUGUUGGCCGUAAAGGUGGCGUGUUCUAACGGACUCCCAGAAUGUGUAACCAUGGCAACAAAGAUGUUUGCUGAGUGGAUGAACAACAACACCAACAACAUCCACACGAACCUGCGCUCUGAGAUCUACUGCCAUGCUGUGGCCGCUGGUGGUAAAGCGGAGUGGGAGUUUGCCUGGCAGAGGUUUGAGAGUUCUGAAGAUACGUCAGAGAAAGAGCAGCUGCGUCAGGCUCUGUCCUGCACCAAGAAGAUCUGGCUGCUCAACAGAUACCUGGAGUACACGUUAAACCCGGACAAAAUCCGCCUGAUGGACGUUGAUACCACGAUAUUCCUCGUGUCCAGGAACGUGGUGGGGCAGGCGCUGGCCUGGAACUUCAUCAGAGCAAACUGGGAAUAUGUUUCAAUGGGAAACCCAGCAUUGCUGGUGGUGGGCGUGGCCAGCCGGUUCUCCACACAGUUUGAACUGGAGGAGCUGCAGCGUUUUGCCAGUGACUACGAGCUGAUGUCGGCCACCAGGGCGGCGGAGCAGAGCAUCGAGCAAACACAAGUCAACAUCCAGUGGGUGAACGACAACAAAGACAUCGUACACCAGUGGUUUGAUCGAGAAAUUGCUUCACGAAGCUAACGUCAACGACGAUGACAACGUUAUUCACUGGUUUUAACUCAUACCCUCACAGUUCACAACUCAAAAUGGCCGCUCUGAGCAUCAACACACACACACACACACACA